AUGGCCUCCUACGACGACAUACAAGGCGCAUGGGGCCCGCCGACAGCCCCCGCCACCCAAUCAGCCGACGCCGACGUCUCCGUCGCCGACGCCAUCCAGAAGGAGAAGAUGAUUAAGGACUGUCUCAACCUCCGCGAUGGCCUCCGCGGCCUCCUCGUCCGCAUCACAGAGGUCCAGGCCGACGCCGACAAGCUCGCAAAGGACAACGAGUUCCUCGGAACGUACAUUGACAACCUGACCCGCAACACGGUCGUUGCCGCGGGACAGAACCAGAAGCGCUGA